GAGCGAGAAGAAAAAAAGCGAUUUGACAGCUUGUCAGCGGAGGGAGAGCUUCCUGCACAUAGUUUUGUUAUUUUGGUUGUCGGCCUGCUCUUGCUUAUUCCGUCGAUUUCAGUCCCACCAUGACAUCCACCAUAGACGAAAGCAACAAGGAAAAGAUGCGCUCUGUGUCUGUGGAUCUAAACAAUGAUGCUUCUCUUCUCAUUGACAUUCCUGAUGCACUCUGUGAAAGGGACAAAGUCAAGUUUACUGUCCAUACAAAGACCACACUCAGCUCUUUCCAGAAGCCAGAUUUCUCAGUUCCCAGGCAGCAUGAAGACUUCAUCUGGCUACAUGACACUCUGGUUGAGACAGAGGACUAUGCUGGACUAAUAAUUCCUCCAGCGCCCCCAAAGCCUGACUUUGAGAGCCCAAGAGAGAAGAUGCACAAACUGGGGGAAGGUGAAGCCACUAUGACCAAGGAUGAGUACACUAAAAUGAAGCAGGAGCUGGAGGCUGAAUACCUGGCUGUGUUCAAGAAAACUGUGCAAGUGCAUGAAGUUUUCCUGCAGAGAUUGUCCUCUCACCCCAUUUUGAGCAAAGACAGAAACUUCCAGAUUUUCUUAGAGUAUGACCAGGAUCUCAGCGUGAGAAGAAAGAAUGCCAAGGAAAUGUUUGGAGGGUUCUUUAAAAACAUGGUGAAGUCAGCUGACGAGGUCCUUAUCUCAGGAAUAAAGGAAGUGGAUGACUUUUUCGAGCAGGAGAAAACAUUCCUGCUCGACUACUACAGCAAGAUCAAAGAUUCCACUGCCAAAGCAGAGAAAAUGACCCGUGCACACAAAAAUAUUGCUGAUGAUUACAUUCACGUCUCUGCCACUCUGAGCAGUCUCUCUGCUGAUGACAAUACAGCAAAUAAGAAGCACCUGGAGAAAUUGUCCGACCUGUUUGAGAAGCUCAGAAAAGUGGAGGGAAGAGUAGCGUCUGACCAGGAGCUGAAGCUCACAGAGCUGCUGAGAUAUUACAUGAGAGACAUCCAGGCUGCCAAGGAUCUUCUGUACAGGCGAGCUCGGGCGUUAGCUGACUACGAGAACUCUAACAAGGCUUUGGAUAAGGCUCGACUGAAGAGCAAGGAUAUCCCCCAGGCAGAGGAGCACCAGCAGCAGUGCCUGCAGAAAUUUGACAAGCUCUCAGAGUCUGGGAAGAAAGAACUCACCAGUUUCAAGGGCAGGCGUGUUGUGGCCUUCAGGAAGAACCUCAUAGAGAUGGCUGAGCUGGAGAUAAAACAUGCCAAGAACAAUGUGACUCUAUUGCAGGGAUGCAUUGACAUGCUCAAGAGCAACUGACUUAAGUAUUCCUCUCCUACCAUCAAGUGACCAGUCAUAGCAAAUGGAAACCUGGCACCUCCAGGGCCUUGCAUGGACAUGAAUUUAAGCCCUAUCUCUGUUCCCACCCAUGGGUCUCAUGCCACUUUAAAACCCUGCACAGGACCAAGUGUCUCGUAAGCAGAAUGUCUUCAUGUUUACAGAGUCCCUGUCCUCUGGUCCGUGGUCCAUCCUUUUCCAUUAUUUAUGGAGGUCUAACUCAUCGUGAAUGCCUCCAGAGAAUGAGGCUGCAAACAUUAUGGUCUUCCAUUAUUAUACAGCACCUGUAGAGCUGAUUUUUUUUUCCUCUUAUUUCCUGUGUUCAUGUUAUGCACAAAAUAGAAUAAAUGCUGACUUUAACCUCCUGUCAUUUUUACACAAUUUAAACCUUUUUUUUUUUUUUAAAAAGCCUUCAAGAAUGUUUGCCAUACCGUACGUUUUAUGUUUCAUAUGCUUAGUCUCUCGGGACUUUUUGUUUGCUAAUAGAACAGUUUUAUAGAAGCAAAUCUAGUGCCUGGAAAAAAAAAAACUACAUCCUCAUGCUCUGCAUUCCCGAGCUCUGACAUUAUAGUGCAACUGAACCAAUCCUCUCGUAAGGAAACUCAUGACUGACUUGGAAGACAAGACCUUUUUAAGUGUUCUAAAAUAGCUGCUCUUCACCUCAGGAAUGGACAGUUGGAUUGGUCUCCACAUUCUUGUUUGUGAGUAGCUGGUUUAGAUCCCACAUCUGUCAAAAGCGCACAUUGGUUUUGCGAAUAUGGAUCAUAUGAAUCAGAAGAGCUCAGCAUAAAAGUAAAAUCAAACAUUUUGCUCUUGUUAGCACUCACAUUGCCCUGCACUUCAUGUAUUAUGUCCUCAGCAGCUUCAUCACCACUGCCAACUCUGCCCAACUCACUCUUUCCUUUUCAGUGUGUAAUUAUUGUUGCAUUCUUCUUUAUUUUGCCCAGAAUCCUCCUUUGUUACUGACAGGGUGUCAUGUAUCAGACCUGAUAUGUUUAUUUUAAACAGUUCAGAAAAGGAUGCACUAAGAAGAUGGAAAAUACUUUACAAUCAUGACCAGGCUCAGUGGAGUGUUAAAAUGCAUUAUAGUUUUUUAAGAAAUUGAAUGUAUUUCUAAAUGGAUUCCAACUGUGUGAAUUUCUGUACAUGAUGCGUUUCUUACAGAACAUUAGCAUUUUAUAAAUUUGUAAUAAUGACAUUGAAUAAAUCCUACUUUCCCAAG